AAGAAAAAGCAGCAGCAGCAGAAGAAGAAGAAGGAAGAGGAGGAGGCGGCCCACAAGGUCGUUGUAGUAGCAUUCAGCCGCGGAAAUGAUGUCUCUUGCUGCCCGGUCAGGGGUAUUGUCCCCUUACAUACAGGCCACGGCUUUUGUGGUCGCUGGCCCCCUGAAAGUUCUGGUACCUGGGGUUGUUAUAAAGGGAAAGGAGAUUUUAUUCAACCCGAAUAAACAGUUCCUGUGCCGCGAAUCGCUGAGUGGUCAAAGCCCAAAGACAGGGCCUGCUGUCACUGUUAGCAUCAAUGGUGGUGCGGGAGUCCGAUUUGCUCACACAGACAUCACAGUACCUGACUUCUCUGACUACAGGCGCCCAGAGGUGCUGGACCCCAACAAGUCCUCUCAAGAGAGCAGUGAAUCCAGAAGAACCUUCUCAUACCUGGUCACUGGCGCCACCACCGUGGUAGGCGUCUAUGCUGCCAAGACCGUUGUCACUCAGUUUGUUUCUUCCAUGAGUGCCUCAGCUGAUGUUCUGGCCCUGUCAAAGAUUGAAAUUAAGCUGAGCGACAUCCCCGAAGGCAAGAACAUGACUUUCAAGUGGAGAGGCAAACCACUGUUUGUCCGUCACCGCACAGAGAGGGAAAUUGCUACAGAGGCCAAUGUAAACAUUGCAGAGCUGCGAGACCCUCAACACGAUAAGGACCGUGUCAUUAACCCGAGGUGGGUCAUCGUCCUUGGAGUGUGCACACAUCUAGGUUGUGUGCCCAUUGCCAAUGCUGGUGACUUUGGGGGUUAUUACUGCCCUUGCCAUGGUUCGCACUAUGACGCCUCAGGCCGCAUCAGGAAAGGCCCUGCUCCCCUCAACCUAGAGGUUCCGUUCUAUGAGUUUCCAGAUGAUGACACUGUGAUUGUUGGAUAAAUAACACUGUCACACUGAGCUCGCAUUGUACAACAGGGAUAAUGCAGAGAAAUUAUAAUGGUUGCAUGUGGAAAUGUUUUUUUCUUUGCAGAUUCUCUCACUCCCUGUCAGUUUUCCCAAACAUUACAACAUAUGAUGGUAAACUUCUCUACCUGGUGUAUUUAAUGUAACAUAAUUACUAAACAGGAAGACAGCAAGUAGGAGCUACUGUGUUUUCUUUAUCCUAGGUUUUCUGAUAUUUAUCAUUGUGGCAUAUGGUAACGUCAGUUAAAUGGUAAACAUUUGGAAGAUAGCAUCAGCUCCAUAUAUGAUGUGGAAAUGAAAUAACACCUGCUUAUCCUAUAAAGUUUAUAGUGUCACAUCUAGUUAAUAAAGAAUUGUAUUUCCUUUGACAACCUGGACUCAACUUAGCCUUUCUUUGUUUAAAAUAAUGGCCAUGUCAAACAGUGAAAUACCAGUUACUGCCUCAUUGACUACUUGUUGCAGUGUCACAUUUAUAGCAGUAGUUUGGUGGUUACAUUCAUGUUGUGAUCUGAAAUUUAACACAGUUUCAUUUGAAGCUGAAAUGUCCAGUACAUCAGUCAAACAACAUCACUGUAAGAAUCACAGUAAAUACUGCUUGUUCAGUGUACAGUAUGUCACAAAAGUGAGUAUACCCUUCACAUUUUUGUAAAUAUUUUAUUAUAUCUUUUCAUGGAAGAGCACUAAAGAAAUGAAACUUUGCUGCAAUGUUAAGUAGUCUGUGUACAGCUUGUAUAACAGUGAAAAGCUGCUGUCCCUUCAAAAUAGCUCAACCCAUAGCCAUUAAUGUCUAAACUGCUGGCAACAGAAGUGAGUAUACACCUAAGUGAAAAUGUCCAAAUUGGGCCUAUUAGCCAUUUUCCCUCCCUGGUUUCAUGUGAUUCGUUAGUGUUACAAGGUCUCAGGUGUAAAUGGGGAACAGAUGGGAAAUAAAUUUGGCCUUAUCACUCACGCUCCUCGUACUGGUCACUGGAAGUUCAACAUGGCACCUCAUGGCAAAGAACUCUCUGAGAAUCUUAAAGAAAGAAUUGAAGCUCUACAUAAAGAUGGCCAGGGCUAUAAGAAAAUUGCCAACAUGCUGAAACUGAGCUGGUGGCCAACACUAUACAAUGGUUUAAGAGUAGAGGUUCCACUCAGGCCUCACCAUGAUCGACCAAAGAAGUUGAGUGUACACGCUGAGCAUUAUAUCCAUGCGUUGUCCAUGGAAAAUAGACGUAGGAGUGCUGUCAGCAUUGCUGCAGAGGUUGAAAGGGUGGGGGGUCUGUCUGUUGGUGCUCAAACUAUACAUCGCACACUGCAUCAUAUUGGUCUGCAUGGCUGUUGUCCCAGAAAGAAGCCUCUUCUAAAGUUGAUGCAGAAGACAAGCAGACUAAGGACAUGGAUUACUGGAAUCAUGUCCUGUGGUCAGAUGAGACCAAGAUCAACCUAUUUGGUUCAGAUGGUGUCAAGCAUGAGUGAAGGCAACCAGGUGAGGAGUACAAAGACAAGUGUCUCUUGCCUACAGUCAAGCAUGGUGGUGGGAUUGUCAUGGUCUGGGGCUGCAUGAGAGCUGCUGGCACUGGGGAUUCCAGUUCAUCGAGUGAAACAUGAAUGCUAACAUGUACUGUGACUUACUCAAGCAGAGCAUGAUCUCUUCAGAAACUGGGCCGCAGGGCAGUAUUCCAGCAUGAUAAUGACCCCAAGCACACCUCCAAGUCGACCACUGCAUUGCUAAAGAAGCUGAGGGUAAAGGUGAUGGACUGGCCGAGCAUGUCUCCUGACCUAAACCUUAUAGAGCAUCUGUGGAGCAUCCUCGAACGGAAGGUGCAACAGCGCAAGGUCUCUAACAUCUACCAGCUCCCUAAUGUCAUCAUAGAAGAGUGGAAGAGGAUUCCAGUGGCAUCCUGUGCAGCUCUGGUGAACUCCAUGCCCAAGAGGGUUAAGGAAGUGCUGGAAAAUAAUGGUGGUCACACAAAAUAUUGACACUCUGGGUUCAGUUUGAACAUUUUCCCUUAGGGUUGUACUCACUUUUGUUGCCAGCGGUUUAGACAUUAAUGGCUAUGUGUUGAGUUAUUUUGAAGGGACAGCAAAUUUUCAUUGUUAUACAAACUGUACACAGACUACUUAACAUUGCAGCAAAGUUACAUUUCUUUAGUACUCUCCCAUGAAAGGAUAUAAUAAAAAUAUUUACAAAAAUAUGAAGGGUGUAUUCACUUUUGUGACAUGGUGUAUGUGUUUACCUUCAUUGAAAUUCUUGAUUAGAAAUGAAGUAGACAUUUGGGACAUUUUGUACAGCAAAGAUGCUAAAAUAAUCAGCGUCUUUGCUGAUUAAAUAAUCAUAGUAGUAAAUUAAAUUAGUAGUAUACUUUUAUUUUUGUGGCACAAUAGUAUAUUAUAGUUUUGGUUUUAUUUUUAUCUGUUUGUAUUUAAGAAAUACAAUGGAAUGACUGAAUGACUGCAGUAAAUGACCCUGUAGGGACAGCAAGAGGACCUCUGGUUGAAUUUUCCUCCCAUCCUUAAUAUCUCAAGAACACACUAAGGAAAUUUAAUUAGAAAUGGUACAAAGUCCACUUGGACUGAAGGAUGAACAGAGUGCAUUUUGGUGGUACAAUGUCACCAUUGUGCUUACAAAACAUGUUUUUGGCCAUGACUCAAGACGUUAAAAGCAAAUUAUGACAAAGCAUCACAGAAAUGUCUUAUAUUUGUAAAAAAUAUCAUGGAGUGAUGACAUUUUAUACCCAAAAUGUGACCAUAUGUCAUCUUUAGUCCAAUACUGAAUUGGUGACACUAAUCCAGUAUUGGUCUGCAGAAACCCUUUCAUGUUCUCCUCUUCUUUCCCAUUCUCUCUGUCUAGCUAUCUAUCUAAGAAAAUAAA